AUGGAGAGAAUAUAUGAACUAGUACCAUUAAAUGUUCUUAAGGCGAUCAAGGAAUCUAAGUGUUCUAGCAGAGAGGAAUUUACUGAGUUCUCCUCAGGAACUAAUCUAGAGAAUAUACUCAGCACCUCCAGUAGUUUGGUCAAGGGACCAAGGAAGAAAAAGUUGAACUCGACAAAGAAACGGCGGAGCAAGGUUUGGACCUAUUUUGAGAUUUUAGUGGAUGGUGGCGGAGCUCAGUGUAAACAGUGUAGAGAAGUUGUAUCUAUGGAUCAGGGUUCAACUUCGCUAUUGAUUUAUCAUCUCAAGAAAUCCCAUCCAGACCAGUUCAAAGAUUUUGAGGAGUUGGCUGAGAAGAAGGUUGAAAUGGUGAUGUGUGAAUUCUGCUCAGAAACAUACGAUAGAAGGAAAACGUUGCAACACAACUAUACCAAUCAUUUCGAGAUAUGGGAGGACGCAGCUAAGGUUCGGUUUGCGACUGUUCGAAGUAAACUGCUAGAGAAGCAGUCCCGGGCCCCGCCUAGUUUCUACCUAUCCAGCUUCUUCACAGUAGAACCUGAUACCAGCACUGUGUGCAAACUAUGUCAGGUUAUCGGGCAGAACCGGGAUCCUUCACACAUGGAGGAGCACAUGAAUAACACCCACCCUAACCUGGUCCUAGAUCCUAGUAUCCGGAUGCCCCUCAGCAGGUGGCUUCUUCUCUCCUGGGUGGAAAACAAAGCCACCUGUCAUGCUUGUAAAACUCAGAUAAUGUCCGAGGAAGAGUACCUGAAUCACGUCCAAGAGAAUCACAAGGCUGAGCUGCUUGAUAUGCAGGACUGGGAUGAGAACAUUGAUAAUCCUGAUCCUCCGCUCAACUUCAAGACUGCUGUACUCUUGGAGAAGUACGACAGGACUGGAGGAUAUUGGGAGACUACAGCUCAACCUCAACCAUCCUCAACAGAGUUCGGGGUAGGUUUCUUUUUAAGUGGACAUAUUUUUCAAGGAUGUUUUCUUUUAUUUUUGAACAUCUCGCCCAUCCUUCCUGAUUGUUGUCUCUAA